CCCUCUCUCUCUCUCUCUCUCUCUCGAUCGAUCGAUCGAUCGACCGAAGGCAGCCUUGAGGCAGAGGAAUGCAGGACUGAGGACACGAGGAAGACUCUGUGACGAGGGAGACGCUGCCGUUGGCUGCCUAAUUCACUGUCACAUAACAAUAGCUUUGUCUGGGCAUCCGAUUAAACAUGUCUCAGAUGGAUGAGCUUCAAAGGAGUAGGAUUCUCGCCUGCGUCCAGGCAUUCUGCGCUGCAAGAUAUGCCAGGGAGGACAACGUUCCUUGUCAGAUUGAGGAGGGUUUGUUUUUGGGUUCAGUUGGCGCAGCGCUUAACAAGUCAGCGUUGAAAGACUUGAACAUCACCCAUAUCUUAACAGUGGCCAAAUCCCUGGAUGCUGCAUUUCCUAACGACUUCGUCUAUAAGAAGAUUGAUGUGUUUGACACCCCAGGCACAGAGUUGGUUAAGUAUUUUGCUGAAUGCUUUAGUUUCAUCGAUGAAGCUAGAAGUGCAGGUGGUGGCGUGUUGGUUCAUUGCUUUGCAGGAAUGUCAAGAAGUGUCACUGUUGUUGUUGCUUAUUUGAUGAAGAAGCAUCGGAUGAGUCUUUCAGAUGCAUUGUCACUAGUUAGGAGCAAACGACCACAUAUAGCCCCUAAUCAUGGUUUUCUUACUCAAUUGGCGAACUUCGAGAAAUCUCUUGGAGGGAAAAAAAGCAAGACUCUGACAGCAGGAUACUUGAGCAGGAUACGGGUGCUAUUCCACAUGAAUAAACUCCUGGUAUGCACCACAAUCUUUGUUUUUUGUUACCAAAAGUUUGAUACAAGAAGUUUUUAUUUAUUGUUUUCAGAAUCCCUCAAAAGCAAGAAAAAAAAACAUAUGGGGCUUGUUCGCUGAAAUCUAGUUCCUUCAUCUUUUUUGUUAUUUGCUUUCUACAAUCUGGAUGAGGGUGCUAAGUGAUGUCUAUGCUAAUUACAUGUUGACUGCAUAAAAUUUUGAUCAUCAUGCUAUUUAUCCAUUUGUGCGUCAGCAUCACAAGGUGGAACAGACACGACAAGCAAUCUGUGUUAAUAUGUAGUAUACUUAAUCAUGGACAACUUAUUUAUUAUCUGAAUGCUUUAACACAAGUGUCCUAAAAGUUGCUGAUCAAAUUUUCUUCAU